UUAAAUCAACGUUUAGAGCUCUACCAAUUAGAGAAUAGUAGAGUAAUUCCAGGAGAUGGCAAUUGUCAGAUGUACGCAUUAUCUGACCAAAUUUUUGGGGACUUGGAACAUAGUUUGGAAAUAAGAAGAGCCAUUGCCACUUGGCUCAUUAAAAAUAAGAAUCUCACCCUUAAAAAUGGUGCAAGAAUAUCCCAAUUUGCACACACUAAAAAUUGGUAUAAGUAUUGCAUCAGAAUGGCAAGAAGCGGAACUUGGGGUGACCACUUAACAUUAAUUGCUGCUGCUGAAAUUUAUAAAUCUAAAAUAACAAUUAUUUCAUCAGUCGAAUCUGAUAGCAGCUUUUUCAUUGAAAUUGUUCCAAAUUCAAUUGAAAAUGAUAGAGCAAUUAUUUUAUCACAUCAUGCCGAGGAACACUAUGGCUCAGUACGUCCAAUAAUGGUUCAAGACGUAAAUUGUUAA